AAUUUAUUUCAAGAUUAUUUAUUUUUUCAAACUUAAAGGGCACAGAAAAAUUAAACUUAACAUCCUUAUAAUCUUUUUUUUCUUCCUUUUUGUAUGAUUAGUUCGAUAGAGAUAAAGUAAGAAUAAGACUUUUUAUUCUCUUUAACUUUUAUCCGGCCGGCGAAUACGACUUAUGGCGCAAAAAAAUAUUCAAAUAUUGACCCAUGUUUUCUUGUGGCAAAUAUAUCAACAUAUAGAAACUAUUUCAUGUACUUCUGUAGUCUAUAUAAUACAUAUACACACCAUCAACGAGACAUAAAACUCAUACCACCACAAUCCACACAAAUGGCAAACCUCAUCCUCAUCAUCACCUCCCAUAUCCUCCUUCUCGCAGCUAUUGUCUCCGCCGGUAAGGGUGAAAACUUUGCAAAAAACAUUAACCGGAAACACUUCGGGCUCCGUAAAGAGAAACUCACUUUCUUCCGUGUCUACUGGCACGACAUUCAAAGCGGCACAGACCCUAGCUCGGUCGUGCUACGACCUCCUCUCUCCAACUCAUCUUUCUUCGGAGCCGUCACUAUGAUCGAUAACCGUUUAACCACAGGUGUGUCGGUGAACUCGACUUUAGUAGGCCAGGCUCAAGGGAUGUACGCUGGUGCGGGCCAACACGAUGCGUCUGCGCUUAUGGUGAUGAACUUCGCGUUCAAGACAGGUAAGUAUAACGGAAGUACGAUCUCGAUUCUUGGUCGAAACGCGGUGAUGACUAAGGUUAGGGAGAUGCCGGUGAUUGGAGGAAGUGGACUGUUCCGGUUCGCUAGAGGUUAUGUCGAGGCUAGAACUAAGUGGUUGAAUGUAAAGACAGGAGAUGCUACUGUUGAGUACAGCUGUUACGUCUUGCAUUAUUGACUUUAUGAUGAUUGUAUGUCUCUCUUUUUACAAGUUUAUUUAAGUUGCUAUGUUUGGGGUCCUGGUUUUAUUGACUUAUGUCGGUUUGAAUGAUGGAUGAUUGUUGCGGGGGUAUUUAUGUCUGGUUUAUUGAAGAUUUUGAUAUUAUUUUUGUUGAAGUGA